AUGUCGUUACUUUGGAAUGGAGAAAAGACAGAGCCGUUUAAACCUUUAAGGGGAUUACGUCAAGGUGACCCGUUAUCACCAUACUUGUUCGUAUUGUGCAUGGAGCGACUGUGUCAUUUGAUUGAGCUAGCUAUUGAUGCAAAAGAAUGGAAACCGAUUUGUCUGUCAAGAGGAGGGCCGAAGCUGUCACACAUUUGCUUUGCCGACGAUCUGAUUCUGUUUGCUGAAGCGUCUGUAGCGCAAAUACUAGUAAUACGGCGGAUUUUGGAGAAGUUUUGUCAAGCUUCAGGUCAAAAGGUUAGUUUGGAGAAAUCAAAGUUUUUUUUCUCUGAGAAUGUAUCUAGAGAGUUGAGUAGUGCAGUGAGUGCUGAGAGUGGGAUCCAAGCAACAAGGGAGCUGGAAAAAUAUUUAGGAAUGCCUAUUUUACAAAAAAGGAUCAACAAAGAGACAUUCGGAACAGUGUUAGAACGUAUGUCGUCUAAGCUUGCAGGAUGGAAGGGUCGGAUGUUGAGUUUAGCCGGUCGUAUAACACUAACGAAAGCAGUCUCGGGUUCGGUACCGGUUCAUACAAUGAGCUCCAUCAGAUUACCGGAAUCGACAACUAAGGCACUGGAUCGUGUGUCAAGAGAUUUUAUCUGGGGGUCUACACCGGAGACAAGGAAACAACAUCUCAUUGGAUGGGAUAAGAUUUGCUCUCUGAAGGCGGAUGGUGGGCUAGGGAUCCGGAAAGCAAACCUGAUGAGCAAAGCUUUGAUUGCUAAAGUUGGGUGGCGACUUCUGCAUGAGAACACAGCUUUGUGA